AUGAAGUUCUCAGCUUUCUUUGUUAUCGCCUCUGCUGCGUUUGCUGUCGCCGCCCCCGGUGUUGCCACUUUCUCUCAAGAGCGCGCUGCUCUCAACGAGAGUGCCCCCAGCCGCGACCGUGAGGAGGGCCGUGCUGAUCUGCGAGAGCCUGAACGAGAGGAGGGCCGUGAAGGUGAGCGCGAGGAUGACCGAGAGGACCGUGCUGGCCGUGGUCGCCAGGAUGGUCGUCUCAACCGUGGCGGCCUUGCCUUUAGCCAGGUUGACCUCAACUACCUUCUCCGGGUCAACCAGCUCAACCUUGGCAAGCUCCAGGUCCUCAGCCAGCGAAACAACUUCAACGUCGUCGUCUUCCAAGAUCUCUUCGCCUCUCAGGACUUCAGCCUCCAAUCUCUUCUCCAGCUCCAGCAACUCUCCACCAUGCUUGCUAUCGCCGAGACUGGUAUCUUUGACCAGUUUGAGCUAUCUCGAUUGGACCUUGGCAACCUGAACCUUGGACUCAUCAACGGCAUUGCUGGCCUUAACCUGGCCCAGUUCAUUGAUGCUGCUCUGAAGCCCCAGAUCACUAUUAUCUCUAAAGAGGUCAACAACAACAUCAUCAUUGCCAAGUAAGGAUGCGGGGAGUCAACUUGAUGAGGGGGCAGGUACUCCUGAAUACGGGGAGGCUUCGGGUCAAGCCAUACCCUUCAUGUGUAACGAACUAUCAUCUUCAGGAACGGAUCAGGACUGGACUCGCUUUCUCAUGGUCACUGGAUGGCUAGAAGGCGAGGGUGACUAUAUAAUGAAUGAAUCUAAUAUUUCAAUGAUUUCAA